AUGGCGUUUGAAAUCCUCCUCGGCCUCGUGGCCUUAGCCACAGCCGCCUCGGCAUCGCCAACCGCCACCCUUGACGGACGGCAGGCCGACCGCUGCGUCGCGGCCACCUUCACCGGCUCCCCCACCUGGCCAUCCUCCAUCGCGUCCAUCCGGUACGGCCCCGAGCUCAGGCACGCCCCCGGCUCGAACCUGCCCUACUGCUACGUCGAGGUGUCGGUCCGGCCGGCCGGAUCCAGCAGCGUCUUCGCCUUCGGGCUCGGCCUCCCCGACGCGCCCGCGUGGGCCGCCAACGCCCACCGCUUCCUCGCCGUCGGCAACGGCGCCUACUUCCCCAACAUCACCUGGACGGACCUGGUCUACGGCACCGCGCGCGGCUUCGCCACCGUGUCGACCGACACGGGCCACGCCGAGUACGUCCGCGACGACCUCAACCUCACCUGGGCCGAGGACCGCGACAAGCUCGCCGACUUUGCCCACCGCGCCCUCGACUUCUCCGUCGACAUUGCGAAAUCAAUGGCGCGCGGCUUUUACCAGCGCGACCUCGGCCGCGCCUACUACAUGGGCUGCUCGACCGGCGGCCGCCAGGGGCUCAAGCAGGUGCAGGACCGGCCCGACGCCUUCGACGGCGUGCUGAUCGGCGCGCCCGCCUGGGACCACAAGCACUACCUGCCCUGGGUCGCCAAGGUCGGGUCGUGGCAGGUCAGCCGGCCCGCGGCCGACCGGCUCAACGAGACGUGGCAGUUCGACCUGCUAUACCAGCUCUCCGUCCGCACCUGCGACACCACCACCGUCCCCAACGACCCGCGCGACAGCAUCAUCAUGCGGCCCGAGGCCUGCCAUCCCCCGGUCGACGACCUUUUAUGCAAAAACGGCCAGGCCCCGCCGACGUGCCUGCUGCCCAGCCACGUCGAGAUCGCCAAGCUGAUGUACGGCAACUACACCAUCGACGGCCGCCUUUUUUUCCCAGGCGCCCUGCUCCCCGGUAGCGAGCGCGGCUGGACGGUCUUCACCAGCCUCGUCGCCCUAAACUUUUUCGACACGCAGUACCAGCUGCACUUUCUCGACCGCACCGACCCGCUCAACCCGACCAACCCUCCCAUCGAUUGGAACGUCUACGAGGACCGCAUCGGCCUCGUCUCGGAGCGCCAAGACCCGGGCAACGUCACGGCCGACCGCCUCGCCGCCAUGGCCGCCUACCGCGCCCGCGGCGGCAAGAUCAUCAUGUACCACGGCCUGGCCGACGCCGUCAUCCCGCCGGGGUCGAGCGACGACCUGUACGUCCGCACGCGGGCGGCGCUGGCCGGCAGCGGUGGUGGCGACGUGGCCGACUUCUUCCGCUACUUCAAGGUGCCGGCCAUGGGCCACUGCGUCCUGAGCGAGCCGAACGGCCAGGCGCCCUGGUGGCUCGGCGGCGCGAACCAGAACCCGGAGAACGUGCUGCUGGUGCCCGACGUCCCCUACUACACCAAGGAGACCAACGCGCUGCUGGCGCUGAUCGACUGGGUCGAGGGCGGCGGCGGCGGCGGCGGCUCGCGGGGGCCGUCGCAGAUCAUAACCUCGACCCCAAUCAGCCUGACGCCCCCGCAACGGCCCGUCUGUCUGUUUGACCGUCGCGCAGAGUACAAGGGCGGCGACGUGAACAACUCGACGAGCUGGGUGUGUCCUGCUUAG